GAAUCUGACCAGGCCUCCAGAGUGCUGAAGCAGAGCUAGGGAGAAGAGGACAGGGGAAAGAAAGGGUUGGAGAUUGUUAAAAUCGGCACCUAAGCUGGCUCCAGAUUCUUGGUGAAGUCAUCCCUCAGCGACUAGGGAGACUGUUAAGUCAUGAAACUAAUUGUCAUCCUUUUCCUCUCCUCCAGGCUGCUACCAAGUCUGGCCCAGGAAUCCUCAGAGGAAAUUGACUGCAAUGAUGAGGAUGUAUUUAAGGCUGUGGAUGCUGCCUUGAAGAAAUACAAUAAUCAAAAUCAAAGUGGCAACCAGUUUGUAUUGUACCGCGUAACCAAGGUCACCAAGAUGGCUACCCCUGACGCAUUUUAUUCUCUCAAGUAUCAAAUCAAGGAAGGUGAUUGUCCUGUUCAAAGUGGCAAGACGUGGCAGGACUGUGACUACAAUGAAGCUGCAGGAGCUGCCACAGGAGAAUGCACAGCUAUAGUGGGAAAGAGACUGAAUACGAACUUCAGCGUGAAUAAGCAGACCUGCCACAUCACUCCAGCUGAGGGCCCCGUGGUGACAGAACAGUAUCAGUGCGUCGGCUGUGUGCAUCCUAUCUCAAUCCAGAGCCCAGAGCUGAAACCCAUUUUGAGACAUGCCAUUGAGCAUUUUAACAACAACACUAAUCAUCCCUACCUCUUUGCUGUUGGUGAAGUGAAAAAGGCUCAAAGUCAGGUGGUGGCUGGAUGGAACUUUGAGAUUACCUACUCAAUAGUGCAAACUAAUUGCUCCAAGGAGAAUCUUCUGUUCUUAACUCCAGACUGCAAGUCCCUUUUGAAUGGUGAUACCGGUGAAUGUAGAGAUAGUGCAUUUGUGAAUCCUCAGCAAAGGAUUGCUUCCUUCUCACAGCAAUGUGACCUUUAUCCAGCUGAGGAUUUUGUGCCACCACCUAUCAAGAUUUGCCCUGGCUGCCCCACCGACAUACCUGCCAAUAGCCCGGAGCUGGAGGAGGCUCUGAAGCAUUCCAUUGCAAAGUUUAAUGCGGAGAAUAACGAGACUUUCUAUUUCAAGAUUGACUCUGUACAAAAAGCAACAGUACAGGUGGUGGCUGGGCAGAAAUUUUCUAUUUUGUUCAAGGCCAGGGAGACUACAUGUUCCAAGGAAACUAAUCAAGAAUUGACCGAAAGUUGUGAGACCAAGAAAAAUGGACGAAUUCUAUCCUGUGAUGCUGAAGUUUAUGUGAUACCUUGGGCGAAACAAGUUUACCCUACUGUCAAUUGCCAAUCACCAGAAAUGACCACAUUGCUGAGAAGGCCUCCAGGUUUUUCACCUUUCCGAUCAGUACGAGUGGUGGAAACAGGAGAAGGAACAAUUAGGCACCUAAGGCCUUGCGAGUACACAGGCCGACCUCAGAAGGCAGGGGCAGAGCCAGCAUCUGAGAGUGAGGUCUCUUGACCGCGGGGAGAAUCUUCACACCCGGCACCAUAGCCCCAGCACCCUCUGUCAGCAACUCUGACUGGAAGGACAAGAAGAAAGAUGGGAUAGAAUUUAAAUAGCGAAGAAUGGCAUUCUAUCACUCUGUUCCUGGGUGAAAUAAAGUUGAGUCUUGGUGUUCUCACUCCUGGUUAAUUCACAGUGGUCUCCUUUCAGCCACUUCCAGGGCUACAGCUCUCGUGGCCCCAGUAUGAAGCGCUCUCCCUAACCAAGGCAGGAAUCCCUUUCGUGGGGCUUCCCUGCCACCAAGACUUCAUUGUAGAUGGUAAAUCAAGAAUUACUGGGCCAUAUUUCCACCUCUAACCUAAGCAAUUUCUCUCUGCUUUUCCUUCUUCCCCCUUCUCCUGACUCCCAGCCUCAAGUUAAGAGUAAUUUGUUUUUAUUUUUUAAUGGACCAGAUAGAUUACUAAAAAAGGAAAAAAAAAUCUUUGUUACUGUGAUGUCUACCAGCUUCUCAUUAUCAGCAAAUAGCUAUCCAAAAAAAAAAAAAAA